AUAACCCUACUUAAUUGUCUAGUGGCCUAAAACUAUCUAGAUUGGAUCAUGUUUAAUUUUAUUAGGCUCAAAUGUAGUAGGAUUAUGAUUUCACCAAAAGAUUGGGAGUUAAUCCAGAUUUAAACCAAACCGAUCGUGCGCACCACCACUAGUAGUAAUUCCAACUCUACGCUAAUAUCCUUAGAUUACACGGCACAUUAACAUCCAUUUUUCCCAUUAGGGACCAGAAAAAAUUGGACUCGGAUGCGACUUCGUUAAGGCCUGCAGGACCCGCCCAAAAAAAAAAAAAAAAAACUAAAAUCCAAACCCCCAAAACUAACGCCCAUAUCCUUUCCGAAAGCAACUCCCCCACACGUGGGUCCCACUCCACUUCAACAAUUUCAGGUACCUCCCACUUUCCUUCUCUUUCUCUGCUCUUCUUAUUUUGCCUCACCCACCACACUCUGCGUCUGUCCGCCACAUCAAAACCAAAAGUCUCCUCCUUUUUCUUUCCUCUCUGUCCAAAAAAAGAAAGGAAGGAAAAUCCACAAACAAUGGAUUCAACCAGCUUCUGCCACCAACGAUCGCCGUCGUCAGAUCGCUUCCUCGGCUUCUUCUCAUUCUCGCCGGCUUCCUCCGCCACCGCGGGCGAGGAGCUCAACGAGGCCGAGGUCUUCUGGACCACCGACUUCACCGAGCCCAGCGACGCGCAGAACCCCCGGCUCAGUCUGACGCGCCGGGUCAACUCCGGCAUACUCGCGGUCCUCCCGGAGCCAGGUCUCCCGGCUCCGGUCCUGUACCGGAAGCCCGCGCUCUCUUCAUCAUCGUCGUCGAAGCCCAUACCUUCAAUUCCGAGAUUUUCUCAGUCUCAGUCGCAGUCGCAGUCGCAGUCUCAGUCCGUGCCGACUUCGAGAAAGUUCCAGAGCUCGGCUCCGAUGAAGGUUCCCAUGCUGUCCAGGGCGGUGGAGAAGCAUCGGAGAAACGACGACCUUGCUGAUGUCGUAGACGAUGAUGACGACGGAGACGACGAGAUGCUGCCGCCGCACGAGCUGGUGGCGAGGGGGUCGGGGCUGUCGGCGAGGACCACGUUCUCGGUGCUGGAAGGCGUGGGGAGGACCCUCAAAGGUAGGGACUUGCGUCAGGUCAGGAAUGCCAUUUGGCGCAAGACUGGGUUUCUUGAUUGAGAUUUCAAGUUUUUUGUUUUUGUUGGUUGAUCAAGAAUUCUGGUGGCUUUUAUUAUUAAUGCGCCAAGAAAUUGGGGGUAGUUUUUGUUUAGUGCCCCCAUGAUUUGCUGAUUCUGGAUAGUUAAGUAGAGUUCUAUUUCUGUCUGCUUCUCGCUCAUGUUUCUAAUAAUUCCUCUGUUUGCUUUGCAAGAAUUAAUGUCUGGAUAAUGAAGAUCAAAACUUUCACUUUUAA